AUGGACGUCAAGACGCUUUUAGCACUAGCACAGAAUGCGGUGGAUGUGGGGAACAUAAAAGCCGCACAAGAGUUUUACGAAGUCGCCCUAACGCGCACUCCAAACAGCAUUGAUGUACUUGAGGCGUACGCGGAGCUGAUGAUCCACUACAUGCAGGACAUCCCUCGCGCAAAGCAGAUGCUGCGCCACGCCAUUGAGGUGGACCCGCAGCGUGGCUACGUCAAGUACCUCAAUCUCGCCCAGCUCUGUGACGCCGACGAGUCUCUGGAUUGUUACCAGCGAGCCAUUCAAAUAGUUCAUGUUGAGCUUCAGUCCUGUCGGAAGAAGAGGAAGCGGGAGGGUCUCAAGGAAACGCUUUCCACUGUGUAUUGCGCCAUCGCGGAGCUCUACCUGACUGACUUGUGCUACAACCCGGAUGCGGAGCAGCGCUGCGAAGAAGCGGUGACCCACGCACUGAAGUUUAACGCGGAGAGUGUGGAGGCGCACCAACUGCAGGCGUCACUGCGCCUGAGCCAAUGCCGCCCCGACGAGGCCCUGCAGUCGCUGCGCUGUGCGGUUAACUUGACCCACCGCCUCAGCGAGGCGCACCAGCCGACGUACGAGUCGAAGGUGGAGCUAGCCCGGCUGCUGAUGCAGGUUUCGCCCGACGACGCCUACAGGUUCCUUUUAGAGGUUCUGCAGUAUGGCGACAACAACCCGUACAUCUGGUUCCUGUUGGGGGAGUCCGCGCGGAUGCGUAAGCGGUAUGUCGACGCGGCGCGGCUUCUGCGGCGUGCACGCGUAAUGCUGACGAUCUCCGACGGCGACGCAGGGGCGCUGCAGGAGGUGGACGCUGCUAUUGCGCUGCUGGUGGAUGAGAUGGGCGGCCCAGCGGCUGUCGAGCACAUCCCCAACCUCGACCACCCCAACCCCAUCGAGCUCCUCCAGCCGGAAGACGAUGAAGAGGACGACUGCAAUGAUACGAAUGAGGAUGGUAACGCCAACUUGGAUUUGGAGGAGCCGGAGUGGGAGUCAUGCGACGACGAGGACGACGAUUAA